GCUCUUGGCUUUUUUCUUUCUUUACAGUCUUUUUUUUUUUUUUUUCCUUUCUUUCCUUCUUGGUCUUUUCCUUACCAUAUUUCAUAAGCAAUAGAUUUCAAAAGAAAGCAAUAAUACAUGAACUAAAGUUAUAGACACACUCUGUUGCUAACAAAUUUCUCAACCGCAGCUCGGCGUGAAAGUAAACACCGGCACGAAUUAUUUUAAGAACGACUGACUUAGAAUUAAAAAGAACAUGGCGUCCACGAACAUACCCUAUCCCCCAGUGAGACCACAACCUGAUGGCUCCCAUGAAAUCAAGUUACCAGAGGGACCAUAUGGAGUGCCAGACAUUAUGCUGAAUGGUGUACAGUCCAGUAAAUCCAAACUGGGAGCCGUGCAUCCUCUGGAAUAUUCAGAAAUGCACUGGCAUGAAAACAAAGUGAAAAUGGACCUUGCCAUGUUGAGAAAUACACAAGGAAUCCACAUGCCAUUAAGGUUACAGAUGGAAAAAAAUGUAGCACAGAAGAUCAACAGACUACCAGGGAUGCACAGCUCUCACUUGAUGAGUGACAUUUUAUCUGGACGAGAUGAAAUGAUUGACUUUGAAGAUCUUCUGAACAAUCCCGCUGACUGUGAAGCCAUUGGAGACAUACAUUUACUAAUGGAGAGAAAAUCAGGCUUACUGUAGAUAGUACUGUUAUCCGUACAUUUCUGUGAAUUCACUGUUCAGACAGAGGGAGGAGGACUAGGCAACCCCCCUCAAGCUCUUAGUACAAACUCACAAGUGUCAAUUUCAUACAUUGUAAAAAAUCUCUAAUAAAUCUCAAUGUUUUGA